GGAAGGUGUUCAAUGCACAUUUUAGAAUGGAAGAGCAGAUGAAAUUUCUUCGCGAUAAACAUGUUAAGUUUUUCCUUAGAACACUUCAAGUCCUUCCUGCCAGACAUGCCACCUUCGAUUCUAAUAGAAUGACCAUCGCCUUUUUUGCAUUAUCAGGACUUGAUGUUUUGGAUAGUUUGUCAUCAUUAGAUAAAGAUAAGGAUAAUAUUAUAGACUGGAUAUAUUCUCUUCAACUUCUACCAAAUGUUACAGAAUCUAAUUUACAUCGCUGUGGUUUUCGAGGGUCUCCUGCCAUUGGUAGUCCUUAUGACAUAGAAAAGUCACAGAAGAAUCCUAUAAAUUAUGAUAGUGGUCAUAUAGCUGAUACAUAUACAGCGUUAUCUAGUUUAUUGAUAUUAGGUAAUGAUUUAUCUGGAGUCAAUAAAAGAGCUAUAUCAGCUGGUUUACGAGCCUUACAGAAAAAAGAUGGGAGUUUCUGUGCUGUACCAGAAGGUAGUGAGAAUGAUAUGCGGUUUGUGUUCUGUGCUUGUUGUAUAUGUUAUAUUAUCAAUGAUUGGUCUGGUAUGGAUAAAGAUAGAGUUGUAGAUUAUAUCAAAAAUAGUUUGACAUACGAAGGAGCUAUUGGUCAGGGUCCAGGAUUAGAGGCACAUGGUGGACCAACAUUUUGUGCUGUAGCAUCUUUAACUUUAAUGGGCAGGUUAAAUUCUACAUUUACACCAACGGAGAUUAGAAAAUUAAGAAGAUGGUGCAUAUCUCGUCAAUUAACAGGUUUUAAUGGUCGUCCUAAUAAAAUUGUUGAUACAUGUUAUUCAUUUUGGGUUGGAGCUACAUUAAAGUUAUUAGAUAUAUUUGAAUUAGCAGAUGCUGAUUUUAAUAGAAGUUACAUUUUACAAACACAAUCCGAUAUUACUGGUGGAUUUGCUAAGUGGCCUCAAACUUCUCCAGAUGCACUUCAUGCCUAUUUUGGUGUAUGUGGUUUGUCUCUAUUGGGUGAACCCGGCCUUGUUAAUCUCCAUCCAGCUCUAAAUAUCAGCCAACGUGCCUCUGAUCAUCUUCAUCUUCUUCAUCAGAAGUGGAAACAAGAAUCAUGAUCUGGUUUUUAUUUGCUACAAUAUAAUUUUCAUCCCACCUACUAUCAGUUUUCAUAAAUUUAUAAAUAUUUGGACUUAUGAAUAACUGUGAUAUUAAUUGGUUCAACAUUUUAAAAGCUGAGCAUACAAAUUAAUAAAGUUUUCUUUCCAUAUAGUUGUUGAAACGACCAAACAAAUUAAAGUAUUCAGUUAAUUAGAUUUUAUAUUUUCAACAGUUGACACAAUAUGCCAAAAUUGAAUUUUAUAAAUUAACCUACGCAAAUGGACAAGUAAUUGUAAAGAGAUUGUUCCAUCCCUAAUGUAAAAUACCAUAUUUAAAUCAACCCAAAUGAGUACUUUAUUUUGAUCUAAAUCGAAGAGUUUUAGCGCCUGUAAGUUAUUUUUAAUUUGUUUUCAUUGCAUUGUCACGUUAAAGAACAAUAUUUGUUUGAUAUAUGAUAAAAUGGUUUUAACACAUUCUAAAUAUAAUUUUAAAAAAGAAAUCUUUACCAUGAUUUAAAGUUAUUGUUAAUUCCAGUGAAGUCAAUUCUUCUUAUGAAUUCAUGGUUUCAAUAUCCACUCACACCAACUCUUUAUUUUCAUGUAAAUUAUCAGUGAUCUGUUAGUAUAGCUAUUACAGCUCUCCACUUCAGUAUGUGAUCGUAACAGAUUUCAUUUAUUUGCAUCACUUCCCAAAUUUUUAAGCUGAUCUCAAAGAUCAACAAUAGCAAAAUUUUCUGUUAAAAUUAUAUUUGGAAUGUGUUUAACCAUUUCUAUCACAUAUGUAAUAUCGGUGGACGCCAACACUGACAUUCUGUCAGAAAUGACUGAGAAAACUUUUCUCAAAAAAUCAUCCAUUAAAUGGCCAAUAUUCUAGACUAAAGAGCAAUUAUAGACUUUUAGUCCAUACACAUUAAAAAUUAGUCUUACCAGUCCAAAGUUCACAUUAGUUUGUAUUGAUUUCAUGCCACCACCCUUGCAGUGUUAAAAUGGCUAUUAAAUGAUUGAAGGAUAGCUUGAAGAUGUUUUAAUUUUCUAAACUAUGAUCUAAAGAACUGUUGAUUGUGUAUGAUCUUAAACUUAUUAUUAUGGCAUGUUUUGGAAUGGAAACUAGUGUUAAGAAUAUAAACAAUGUGUUAUUAUUGUAUAGCUGUAUUAAUUAAUGUGGAUUAUAAUAUAUCUAAUCUAUAUUACACAAAGUUUCAUAACCACAUUUUCUCAUUCCAUAUCAUUUGAUGUGCUAUUGUAAAUCUUUCAUGUACAAGCUCAAAGAUCUGGAACCUAUUUCACAGAAAUUAAAAUCUCUUACUCCUUUGAAAUCACCCUAUUGCCACAGUACAUUUUGGUUUGAAGCGUAUUGUUUUUAGCAUGUGCAUUGAUCAAAGAUCAUGGCUUAUGUCUAUGUGUAUCCAUCAAAGGGUAAAAUUGACAAUUAAAGUCUCUGAUUGCCAGUUAAGGGGUUGUUAAUCCCUUGUAAACUACAGUAUUGUCAAAGUUGAAUCUCUAAAAGUAAUAUGCGUCCAAAUUCUGUUCAGUAUUGUCAAAGUUGAAUCUCUAAAAGUAAUAUGCGUCCAAAUUCUGUUCAGUAUUUCAGAGAUGAAUUAAAAAAAUAUAUUUCAAAACAAGACAGUAACAAAUAUAGCCGUUGCUAAAAACUUUGAAUGAGUCUGUUUUUAAUCUGAUUGAAUCUACCUGGGAGAUUGUCUAUCAUUUUCUUAAAUUUAAAAUAAAUGAAUUUGAGUACGUUUUUAGCAAGUCUUGAAAACUAUAUAUUGUCUGAAAAAUGAAAAUGGCAAUCAGCGGCUGAAGAUUCAAAGGGAGAUAGAUACCUUAAAUUACUGAUUUUAAGAAACUUAACGCUAAUAAUGAACUAAGUAAGAGUUUUAAGAGAUUUUAGUACUGUUUUAGUACUUUCAGAGACUUUCUUUAUUAACAAUAACAUCUUUUUCUAUCUCUCCAUACAUUUAAAUGGCGAGACAGGAAUAUUUAACAACGAUGUAAGAUGCACAAAAACACAUGAUAUAUGGUUAUGUACUUUUCUGUAUUAAUUAGUGCACAGCAAAUAACCAAUAAAAUAAUUGAUUGUCUAGCAAUUUUACUAGAGCUGUUUAACAUGAUACAUGUACUUAAAAGUUUUACAAUAAACAUUUUUGUUUCAAGGUCUAUUUCAUAAUCGAAAUUUUAUAAUAUCAAUGAAUUUUUAGUUAUAUUGUAUAAAAUGUCUUAUAAACAAUUGAGUGCCUGCUAUCAUUGUGAUUUUCUAUAUAUUAUAUAUUCACGGUAGAUUAUUAAUACCUAAUUUGUAAAUAUUAAGAGAAAAUAUGACAGAAUGGAAUAUUAAAAAUGAAUUUAAAUUGUUUAAUUGAAUAAGGUUGUUUUCUAUGCUGUUGUGUUGUAUUUUUAUUUAUUAUUGGCCUGAUGUUAAACCCCAUUUCAUUUCAUUUCAAAUUACUGUCCGGGAUUACUUUUAUAUUUGUAAAUUAGGACUCUGUUUGAGUUACCUCCCUUACACUGUUUGGUCAACUUGCCAUAUGAACGUAAAGGCUUGAAAUUUGUUAAUCAGCAGUUUACAAAAUACUCAAAAACAUGAAAGACAGUCUAAAUAACAGGUUUUGGAUUUUUUUUAAAUAUUCAAUUGUUGAGGAGUUGUUGAACCAUAUUUUCGCUCCCUCCGAACUCCAAGGUAGUUAUUGGUGUGAUAUUUCAAUAAUAUAUCGCGAUAAUUUGAUAAAUGUAUCGCGAUAAUUUGAUACAUAUAUCACGAUAAUUUGACAGUUAUAUCACGAUAAUUUGAUAAAUAUAUCAUGAUAAUUUGAUAAAUAUAUUGUGAUAAUUUAUUAAAUGUAUCUAACAUAUUAACUGAUGAGUGAAUAACCAGGUUUUUCCUGUCAUUCAUAAAACAAUAUCUGUUCAAUAAGAACAAGUCAAAUGACACUUUUUAAUGAUAAAUCUUGUUGAUAGGUUCCAGAUAAAUGCCAAUAUUGUAUUGAGUGUUGAAUGUGGAAGGCACAAAUAAAUGUAAAAGGUUAAAAUGAGCAUCAUGAUGUUUUUCCACUAAUGAUAAUAGAGGUUGAGUUAAUGAAAACCUUAAUGUUUGCCAGGUACCAGGUUUUGGUAAACAGUUGUGUAUUACAGUAGAAUAUAAAUAAUAUAGUUUCAUCUGUAAUUAUAAAAUGAUUUACAGAGUAAGGUACUUCGGUUCUCACCCAAUCUGAUUAAAAUCAGAUGUCAAUUAAUUCACGUUUUAUUUUUUGAUGUUCUACAUUAAUAUCCAACAUGUUUUAUUUCAAGACGGUGUUUAGAUAACAUGAACUUAUAGUCUUAUCAAAUUAUUAGGAUUAGUAUACAGAGCUGCAUAUUGUUUAUUGGGUGAUAAUCAUCUUGAAUAGGAUUAAAUUGUGAUGAUAGAAAGUUUGUUAAGAUACAAAGUUUGUUAAGAUACAAAGUUUAAGAUACAGUCCAGUGCAAAAAAAAUCAUAAAAAAUAAAAGGAACAAAAUUGUUGUCUAGUUUUUGGCUGGUCGUCAUCCUGGAUGUUAGAAAAUUGCUCCACUCUGAACCGAGAUAUUAGCUUUUGAAUUUUAGGCUAGCAUCGAUCAUUGUUACUAAAGUCAAUACAAUAAAAAACAAAGUCUUGAUUAUCCAUUUUUACGUUUAAUUAUUUUUCAAAUAUGUAUUCCAAUCUGCUAAAUGUCGCAGGCUAGCGAUGACAUCAAGAGUUGAUUAUGGUUUGGAUAAGUUAAUUAAUGUCUAAUUAAUAAUUUAGAUAACAUUUCAGGCCUAAAGAAAUACCUGCAAUAGGCAGAUUCAGCUCUUGCAUAAUGUAUGCUUAAAUGAUAUGAAACUAUACUUUUAUUUUCUAGACAAAAGUACUGCUUUCUUUUUUAUUUAAAAGCCAAAUAUAAGAAAUUAAUAUUUUCAAUAACAAUUGCACAGAUAAAAUUAUCAAAAGGGCUAUAAUUAAGCAUCAUUUACAAAUUAUUUACUUUGUAAAUUAGUUGUCUCAUUGUUUAUCACAUGUAUAUAGUAAUAUACAGUUUAUUAAUAGAUUUAUUAUGUAUAUUUUUAAUUAUUUUUAUUUAGAAUUUGUUUAAUUUUAUUGUACUUAUUUAAACACUAUAUUUACCCAAUGGUAUGAUAAACUAUUUAUAAUAUAAGAUCUAUCACUAAGACAUAAUUUGGCUGGAAAUAAGUAUAAAAUGUCAUUUUAACUGUCUGUGCACCAAAAAUACUGAAAAUAGCCAUUCCUUUUGUGACUGACAACAUCCAUUAGUUUCAUUUUAUGUACAGUAUUGCUUAGUUUUUUUUAAAAAAAAAACAAACUGGAAUUACAUUUAUUUCAUAUGGUACAUGUAUAUGCUUAAGGUACUUGUUUGUUGAAUUUGGCAGGAAAUGUACAAAUUUUUAUUUUUGUUUAUGUUCAUCCAGCUAUCUGCAGCAUCAUAAAUUAUAGCCAUGUUUUUUACCACAUUUCUCAUGUCACAACAUAAAGUGGCAAAGAAUAUGUAUAUAUAAACAUCAAUGAACAGUGUCACCACUACAGACAUGUUCAGUCUUAAAAGAUUGCUCAAAUUAGCUACCAUUCCCUACCUUUCUCAAUCUGGACAUUAACAAAUUGAUUAUAAAUAAGUGAGUGAUCAAAUACAUGCACUAUAGAUCUUGCUAUCUAUGCAAGCAAGUCAUGGCUUCUAUCCAAGGUUUGUAUUUGACAAGGAGUAGGGUCACCUACCUAACUGUGUGUGUUUCUGCUGGGUGCUGUAUUCUAUUUAUUAAAAUAUGUUAGUCCCAAAAUGAAAUGGUUAGUGUUGAAUGGAUGUUAAGUGUCUAUUUCUCUCCCUUUGUCACAUACAUUCUAGGGAUUAAACUCAUUGAUUGCCCAGGCAAGAGUCCUUUGAUACAGUUUAAACAUAAAAUAAAUUGAGAUUCGAAUUCUAAUUAUAAAUUAAUUAUAAAAUACAAUUUGAAUAUUUGUGUGGAGCCAAUCUUCAGUAGGGUAUAUUUUCUGAAUAUUUAUGCCCAAUUAUUCGCUGAGGAUACUAGGCCUCAAAGCGACAUAAAAAUUCUAGAAUUCUGGAUAGUAUAUAAGAUACAUGUACAUACUGAUGGAAUACGAUCAUAAUGAGGGAAAUAUAUUUCCACUCAAUCAACCAGUUGGAAUUCGGAAUAGAAAAUGUCUGGCCUAUUUCACUAAUGACUUUGUGUAAUUUCUAAGCCAUAUGCUUUCAUUUCUUAUUCGUAUUCUCAGGAGUCUUCAAUUUUCUUUGUUUCUUUUGAUAAAUUACUGUAGGUUGUUGGCUUAGUACAAUCACAACCUAGACUAUUACAUUCAGAGUUGUAUCUGUAUAACUAUUGUACAUUAAUCAUCAUUUACUUUGUAAUUAAAAGACUUUUUCUGAACUGAAUAAAUGUAAAUAUUUUUCA